AUGUAUUCAGACAUGAUUUGUGAUGUUAUGCCUCCGAUACCCGAAGAUGGUGGUAGUCAAGGAGGUUCAGAGAAUGGGGAAGAAGCCGAAGCAAAUAUAGAACAAUUGAUGGUAUCAAUGCUCGAAGAAAGAGAUAAAUUACAAGAAAAAUUACGUGAAACUGAAGAUUCAUUAACAAAUUCACAACAAAAAUUAAAUGAGAGCGAGAAAGAACGAGAUGUACUAUUAAAACAAUUAUCGUUAAAUGCUCCCCAGAAAAUUGAUCGAAAAUUAGCUUACAUAGUCGAACAACCGUGA